AUGCACGGUUCCUGCAGUAUCGCCUCUUCUUCAUCUCACCCACCGUAUGAUCCUGCGACUCUUCAGCAGAAACUGACUCAAAAGCUCGGUCCCGAAUACAUUUCCACUCGACCAGGUCCUGGCGGAGGGCCAAAGCUUACUUAUGCUGAGGGCUGGAAGAUAAUAAAUCUUGCCAAUGAAGUCUUUGGAUUUGACGGCUGGAGUUCAAGUAUUGUCACUAUGAGCACCGACUUUUUGGAUUUCGACGAGACGACACGCAGAUAUAGCAUUGGGAUCACGGCCGUCGUGCGGGUGACUUUGGUGGCUAGUGGGUCAUUUCAUGAAGAUGUUGGAUAUGGGAUGGUAGAGAAUACGAAGAGCAAAGGGCAAGGUUUGGACAAAUGCAAGAAAGAGGCUGUCACGGACGGUCUCAAGCGUGCUCUCAGAAAUUUCGGAAACCUCUUGGGAAAUUGUUUAUAUGACAAGGGAUAUGCCCAAGAAGUCGUCAAAAUCAAAGUUCAGCAGGUA